CGGGACGGCGAAAGCGCUUCCGGGACGCCGCCCUGCCCCAUACGGUCCGCAGCACUGCUGGCGUCGUUCACCAUGGGCGAAGCCCCCGCGGAUGUGCGGGCCUUCCUGCGCCAGCACCCCAGCCUGCGGCUGCUGCCCGGCGCCUGCAAGGUGCGCUGCUCCCUCACAGGCCACGAGCUGCCCUGCCGCCUGCCCGACCUGCAGGUCUACACCCAGGGCAAGAAGUACCAGCGGCUGGUGCAAGUCUGCCCUGCCUUUGACUACGCGGAGUUCGAGCCUCACGUGGUGCCCAGCACCAAGAACCCGUACCAGUUGUUCUGCAAACUCACCCUGAGGCACAUCAACAAGUCCCCAGAGCAUGUGCUGAGACACACCCAGGGCCAGAGGUACCAGAGAGCUCUGCAGAAAUAUGAGGAGUGUCGGAAGCAAGGUGUGGAGUACGUCCCCGCCUGCCUGCUGCAAAAGAGGAGGAAGCGGGAAGACCAGAUGGACGGGGAUGGGCCACCCAACCGGAGAACAGCUUUCUGGGAGCCGGCAUCCAGUGAUGAGGAAGGAACCUUGAGUGACGACAGCAUGACAGACCUGUACCCACCCGAGCUGUUCACCAAAAAGGACCCGGAUGGGCCCAAGGACGAGGACAACCUUCUAAAGGACCUAGAAGAUGACACUCCAAGGCCUCCAGGAGAGGGCACUGGGGAGAGGAGGGAGAUGCAAGUGGACCACAAGCGGGGCCAGAAACACCCGAAGAAGCAGCUUGGCUCCUUGACCAAGAAGUUCAAGAGCCAUCACCGUAAGCCCAAGAGCUUCAGCUCCUUCAAGCAGUCAGGGUGAUGAAAACCUCAAGAAAGCCUACGGGUGUCUUUGGAGCUGUCCGCUUGCAUCCUGACGUUGGCUGUUGCGAAGGUGGCAGCGGCAGGAACUUGGGACUCCUGAUGGACGGUCUUCAGUGACACUUGGCAGGGCUCACUGCAGCAUCCUGAGCCUGGCCCGGCCCCCACUCUGGCUGGCCCCAUGGCUGGUCACCACAUUAGGACCACAGUACAUACCACAAAUGCCAUUAUUUAUUUUGAUGUUUCCAAAAAUCAGAACAUUUUCAAACACAACUAAGAUAUAAAAUACAGCAUAAAAAUGAGAUUUAUACCUAUUCCCACAUAAAGCAAAAGCAUUUUCAGAAAUUUUUUGCCAAACCAAAAUGUGGAUCAUUUUUUCUCCCAUCCUAGGCACCAGCCCACUGAGGGCUGGGCAGGAGACAGGGCCCCCUUGGCAUGGGGGCCACUGCUCUUGGGCACAUACUUGCUUCCCAGGGUCUGCCUCACUCCAAAAACUGGAAUGUCACUGCAGGUAACAGAGCAGGUGAUGUACAAAGGCAGCCCUAACUGGAGCUGCUCAAAGAUAAGAUCCCAUGGCCUCAGCGCACACAGCUCAAGUGGGGAUGAGGGGGCAGGCCAUAAGGCUGCAGGACACGGGCAGGGCAAGGUGAAUCCCACCUGCAGAGCUAGUGGGGAACUGGGAGAGGGGGCAGGAUUGGCCCAAGGUGACCCAGAGGACAUAGUCCUGCCCACCCAGCAACUGAUGCCAGAACAGAUGGCCCUCCAGGUCUCUGCACCCAAAGUUAAGGUGAGCAGUCAGCUUCCCUCCAGGAGUUUUUGGGCUGAGUCUGUUCCUCCAGUGAACCUUGGGGAGACCUAGAGGGCGAGCCCAAUACCCUCCUGGCACUCCGUGAAGACGUGCAGGGAACCACAGCAUUA